GCUAGUGUUCUCAUAAAUCGAAUUACUCUUCAUUUCGAAACGAAAUAAGUAGAAGCAAACGAAAAACGACAAACAAAACCAUAUAAACCCCCCCGAAGAAGCAAGCUUACCGACCAAUCUCCUCGUAGUAAACCAAGCUCCCCAAAAAGAAUACAUCGCAACAGCAAAUAGUAGUACUGUAAAAGAAAGAAAGACACUCAAUCAUGAUUCUUCACCGCCCAAUCAUCUUGCCAGCAGCGCUGUCUUUGCUUCUGUUGGCUCUGCGCCCCUCUUCGACAUUUGCAGCUCUGAAAGUCGGGGACACCAUCUGUACCGAAGGAUACAUCAUGGAUUUCUUCUGCAUUGACCGUGGGACGCUCCUCGAUAAUCCAACCGUCCGGACCCUCGAGGAACCUUUUUUGCACACCAUCCACUGCCUUGUCGACGUCAACUCGUGUGUUUCGUCCCCUUUUGAGGUAUUGCUCGAUCCCCCUGAAAAUUCACAAGCAACCGGCGAUGUCUACAACCGAGGAUGGAGACUCGACGAACCAUCCAAGGAGCAAGCCAUCGAAUUGGCGCGAUCCGUAGGAACCUGCACCACCUGCCCCUUAACUAAUGAUAGCGAAAACUCCCACGUGAAGGGAUUCCGUGCCGCAAUGAAGGCUACCAUCCUCGACCUCAACGAAAACGAUCCCACACUUCCACCUAUUAUCCAAGUGGAUACUGGAAAUAUGCAGGACACCACUGCUUACGUCGGAAGUGGCGGGCAGAGUGCCUGCGAGGCCUUUUUUGGCAUGCCCGACAUUUUAGACGUGGACGCCGCAGGCUCUGAUGGCGAAACAGUCGACGAGGCUCCCUGCGCCUCGGCGCUGGAGGCUGGCGAUGAGAUCUGCACAGAAGGCUACGUCAUGGACCUCUUUUGCAUUGACCGCGGGACGCUUUUCGACAAUCCAGAAAUCGUAACCCUCGAGGAUCCCGGAGCCCACUCUAUCCACUGCUUGGUCGAUGUCGAGUCGUGCAUUGCAUCCCCCUUCGAGAUUCUUUUGGAUCCUUCCACCCUUCCCGAUAGCGAUGGCCUAUACAGCCGCGGAUGGAGGUUCGACGAAUCAUCAAAGCAGCAAGCCGUGGAGCUGGCACAGUCCGUUGGAACUUGCACCACCUGCCCCGUGACCAACACCGAAGACAAUUCCCAUGUUCGGGGAUUCCGAGUGGCCACGAGAGCUGUGAUUCUCGAUCUCAACGAAAACGAUGCUUCUGUCCCCCCCACGAUUCAAGUAAUUGGCACCAUCGCAGAUACUACAGCGUAUAAUUCUACUGGAUUGGAAACGCAGAGUGCUUGUCAAUCCUUUUUUGGUAUGCAAGAUAUUGUUGACCGGUCAUGUGCCUCUGCCGGAGCCAAUGGGGGAGGUGGGUCGCUUUUGGAUGGAAUUGCCGCCAGCGCCAACCUCGGAAGCAACACCCUUCGUACGAAGCAUUUUGCUCAUGCCACGCUCAUGAUCCUAGGGUGGGGAUUUCUGUUGCCCUCGGGAGCUAUCACGGCCAAAUUCUUCAAGCACCGUCCCGACGGAAUUUGGUUCAAGCUGCACAGAGGAAUCCAAAUGUUCGGUUUGCUCCUGGCACUUAUUGGUUGGAUCAUCGCGCUGGUGAAUUUCAAUGUCUUCAGGGACUACGGCUUUAACAACUACCGCCAUGGGAUCUGCGGGAUGACAGUAAUGAUUUUGGGAUUACUCCAGCCCCUGAAUGCUUUCCUCCGUCCUCAUCCGCCGUCUGAGGGCGAGGCGAAGUCCACGACGCGAAGGGUGUGGGAGUUUGUCCAUAAAUGUUCGGGCUGGGCAGCUGUUUUUCUCGCGAUUCCGACCAUUAUUUUGGGCACCCUUAGCCUUCCGAUCCUCGAGGAUCAAACAAAGUUUCAGAUUGGUUACGUCGUUGGAUGUGGUGGGGGUAUGCUAGGAUUGGUCGCAUACAUGUUUUACGACAAGAAAGUGUUCGUAAAAGAAAACGUCAACAACGGCAACGGCAACCAGCAAGGCGCCAAAAACCCCGAUAAGAGAGAGCAAGCACAAGAUCAAGAGGUCGAGGCCUAAUUAUUUCUUUGAUGAAAUUUCAGCCCGCAGCUAAUCGCGCCUUAGAACCAACGUUAACCACCGAGCUUUCGACUCGUGCGCUAUCAUCAAUCUACAUGUUUCCUAGUACCUUAUCAGUGUAUGUACGCCAAUAUUCGCCGUCUAUCUGACGAAAUCCGCCACCACCUCAAUUCAAAGCACCUUCUCAAAUCCACAACAUCCAUCAUCUGAAUGGACGACAACAAACCAAUCUCACAUGGAAUUUCGCCAUCAGCCACGACAAUGUCAAAUUCGAGAAAGUGAAAGCACACCGAGUAGAAUCAUUUUCUUCGUUCCCCACAAGAGACGAGCCGUCGAAAAUUGAAAAUUAACUACAGUACUGUUUCGUAACUUCUAAUUUCCCUUACAGUAAUAUAAAAAUGCUACGAAAAC